GGGCGCAUUCAGCUCCCACAAUGCGCUGGGAAAGAGGGUGGGAGGAAUUCAACAAGGGGAUGCAUGAAGCUGUAAAACCGCAGUCAUCGCCUACGAUUAAAUAGAUAUUGUUCAAUGUAAAUAUUAACCAAAUGAGAUAAAUGCGCCAUGGACUCUUUAGGUCUCCUUUUAUGGCUUACGGCUGCUUAUAUACUGCGUUCUGGUGUUGCUAAACAUGAGGGUAUGUUGAGAAGCCAAAUCCAGCGUUAUUUCGACCCUAAUCAAAGAUCAUCUGCUGUGAGGAAUGUGGUCACUAUCCUGUCCAGAUCUCAUGCAGACCGAAACGUCUACCCAUCUGCGGGAGUGCUUUUUGUCCACGUGCUUGAAAGGGAAUAUUUUAAAGGAGAGUUUCCUCCCUACCCAAAGCCAGGCGAUGCCAGCAACGAUCCUAUCACGUUCAACACCAAUUUGAUGGGCUACCCGGACAGGCCAGGAUGGCUGCGCUACAUCCAGAGAACUCCGCAUAGCGACGGUGUGCUUUACGGGUCUCCUCCCUGGGAGCAUGUAGGCAGACCCACGGUCGUCGAGAUUACCGCCUAUAACAGACGUACGUUUGAGACGGCCAGGCACAACUUGAUCAUUAACAUCAUGUCUACUGAAGACUUCCCCUUGCGGUACCAGGCAGAGUUCUUCAUCAAAAACAUGAAUGUGGAGGAGAUGCUGGCCAGCGAGGUGUUAGGGGACUUCCUGGGCGCGGUGAAGAACGUGUGGCAGCCAGAGCGGCUUAAUGCCAUCAACAUCACAUCAGCGCUAGACCGGGGUGGGCGUGUCCCCCUGCCCAUUAAUAACCUGAAAGAGGGGGUGUAUGUGAUGGUGGGAGCGGACGUGCCAUUCUCCUCCUGCCUGCGGGAGGUGGAGACUCCUCAGAACCAGCUGCGGUGCAGUCAGGAGAUGGAGCCGGUCAUCACCUGCGACACCAAGUUCCAGGAGCAGUUCCACAUCGACUGGUGCAAGAUCUCCCUGGUGGACAUAAAGCGAGUGGUGUCUGUGGCCCCGGAGAGGAGCCCCAUGGGGCCCGGGGUGCUGCCGGACAUUGGGGAGUACAACCCCCCCUCGGAGUCGCUGAAAAGUAGGGACUAUUUUGCUGACUUCCUGAUCACGCUGGCUGUGCCCUCUGCCGUAGCCCUGGUCCUUUUCAUCAUCCUUGGUUAUUCCAUGUGCUGUCGACGUGAAGGGGUGGAAAAAAGAAACAUGCAAACACCAGACAUCCAGCUGGUCCACCACAGCUCCAUUCAGAAGUCGACCAAGGAGCUCAGAAGCAUGUCUAAGAACCGGGAGAUCUCCUGGCCGCUGUCCACACUGCCCGUCUUCCACCCCGUGAGCGGGGAGGUGGUGCCCCCCAUCCACCCGGACAGCUACGAGACCACCAGCAUGCCCCUGAUGCAGACGCAAACAAAUUUGCAAAACCAGAUGCAGAUUCCACAGCAACAGCCUCCUGGAGAUAAUUAUUGUAUGUCAACAUUUCGAAGGCUGGAGGUAAAUGGUAUUCCUGAAGAGCGGAAAGUGGCUGAAGCACUGAAUUUGUAAUUGAAAACCACAGUAUAACCUUUUUGUAUAAAUGUUUUGUCCUCUGUACUGAGGUGCAUGCGCCGACAGUAAAUGCAUACAAAGUGCUGUAAUGUCCAUGGGCAGCUUGCCCAUGAUGCUGCAUUGCUGUGCAAAUGUGGAGGUUGCACCUACACUACAACACUAUAAGUAUUGACAUAUGGACUGAUAUUUUUAAUAUUUUGUGUAACACAUAAACUCGUAUUUGUUAAUGGAAUAUGAUGUGGAAUAAAAUAGCUGUUUAUUAUUAAA